CUUUUAACCCUUUUCUUGCUCCUCCUUCAUGCCUGCUAUUAGAUUUUGGCCACAGCAGGCCAGAUCUCUUCCCACUAGGCACUUUGGAGCUAAGAAAUCUGUAGAGGGAAAGGAUGUGUUAUAUCGACUUGAGGAGGGAGAGGCUCUGAGAACAAGAGGAAAUGGGUUGUGUGAGAAAUGAAUGUCCUGAAGUGGGGGAGGGUGAGCGGAGUCUUGGAAUGGGGAGGGGUACAUCUGGGAAGAAGCAGAUGGUCGAAAUGAGGGUGAGGGGGUGCAGAACAAAAACACCUUUGGCCCAUAUGGGUAUCCUGGGCUGUUUACACCAUGGAAGGUCCAGGUGGGGGGGGGCAGAGAUGGGUACCUUGCUGACAUAUGUCUUUGCCCACAUCAUCACAUCGCCCUGAGAAAUCUUCUAUGUGUAACUGGACAAGGCAUCCAUCCAGAUUGUGUUACUUACUUUGAAUGGAUUUUUCGUGUUAAAGGGCACACUGCAGGAGAAUAACAAAGUUGUUUUUGGUCAAGGUACCCAUUUUGUGAGACGGGGGAGAGGGUUGUCUAAACUUGUUUUAGUUAAUUUGGGAUGAAUACAAAAAGGGGGGGUGGAGGAAGGAGAGGUGAUCCAAAUAGUGCCUCUGACAAAUUAGGCCCUGAAAGAGCAUUUGAUUCUGCUGGGGUGGGGAUGGUGAGAGUCCAUAGCAGAACAGGAUUGGCAGUUACAGAAGAGCCUUAUUUGUAAGGAGGUCCUGAAAUAUUUGACCAGUGAUUGAAGGUGAUACCAGAAUUUGCACAUUCAGGUUUGAGCUAUUAUUGACAGGAGAAAAAUUCUGAAUAGUGUUUCAACCUUACGCUCUGACAUUGGGGGUCGACACUUUUCUGUUUUGUUUUUGGUAGUGCUCUGAAAAAGGGGGCACUUUACUCUGCUGAGUUCUUUUCUGGAAGAAAGAAACAGCAACUUAAAAAUUAGUGUCUCUGGCAGCCUGAAUUCUGGAUCCAUAUGUAACCUCUGUACAUACCGUAGUAGAAUAGUAGUUUGGGGAGGGGUAUUUGUUUUCCUUAGGAAAUAGGUUUGCGGAGGGUGGGGCCAGAAGUGCUGGCUGACAGUGGCACUUAAAAAACUGCAGAUGUAUUGUAACCAAAAAGAACAACUGCCUUUGCCACAGGGUGGGGAGGUACCUCUGUGUGGUUGGCAGUUCUAGGGCAUGGCCUGGAUGAAAGGAACACACUCCUGCAGUGCAUGAAUAAAUAUAGCCUGCCUGUGGGGGGUGGCUUAGCCUUGGGAGAGGCCUGUCCUGCAGAGGAAGAAUUUUCAGGAUAUUGUGGGGGAAGGGAGAUGGCAUUCCAAAGGAGAAGCAAGUCUGGUCUGGAUGAGGGCUGAUCACUGCUUUGCAGUUGGAAGAGGGCAGUGUGUUUUGGAUGCGUUCAGCAGGGCAAUUGCUUUCAGUUUGAAGAGCUGGUUAAGGUAGGCAGCUCUGCUGUCUGGAGCAGAGAGGGAGCUGCCCAGGCAGAGCACGCAUGGCAAAGCCGGGUUCUUGAGUUGCAUCAGGUGGCUGAAAAUGCAGAGAAUCCCCACCCCUUUAUGCAAAUAGCCAGAAUGGCACCACAGGCUGAUGCAAGCAAGCUAUGGAGCAGCAAUUCAGAAUGAUAAUUGGCCCUCCCUUCCCUCCCUCCUUCCUCCCCUCCCUCCGCCAGCCAGCCAGCCGUCUGAGCGGUUAAAGCUGCAGACUCCCUGCUGCCUGGACAGAGCGAGCACUGCUGCGUAGCAUGGGCAGCGACAAGGAGACAGCUCUUUUGCUGUUCAUGGAGUUCCCAGUCUGUGCCCCGGAGCAGCCUCGUUGCAGAGCCGCUCUUGGCCAGCUCCCAGUGCAGAAUGGCUGUAGGUGGGGGGAAGGUAUCUGGAGCCCCACGACAUCAGGGAUGGUCCAGAAAAGGAGCAGGAAAGGUGGGGCUGCACCACAUUCAGAAUGAAGGGCGGCACUUGGAGGACAUUGAUUUAAUUGACAUCCUGUGGAGACAGGAUAUCGACCUUGGAGCUGGGCGUGAGAUUUUUGACUACAGCCACCGCCAGAAGGAGAACGAAGUGGACAAAGAACCAAAUAAUGGGGAGGAGUGUGGGGAUGGCUGGAGGAGCAGAGGGGGCGAUGCCGCUGACAGGGCCUUGCUAGUGGAUGGCGAGACGGGGGAAAGCUUUCCUGCACAGGUGCCUGGUGUUGAGGACCAGACAGCCUUGUCUUUGGAGGAGUGCCUUAGGUUGCUGGAGGCCACAUUUCCCUUUGGGGAGAAUUCGGAGUUUCCAGCUGCAGAUGCCCCCAGCCUAACUGAAGUUCUGCCGAGUGAGAGCGGGCCUUCCACUGUGCCAGACGGGCUUCUGUCUCCCUUACUAACAGGGACAGAGUUGCCCUUCGACCUGGAGCAGCAGUGGCAGGACCUCAUGUCUAUAAUGGAAACGCAGGGUAUGGAGGUGAACAGCACAGCAGCUGCAGGGACCCUGUACGAUAGCACAGGUGGAGACAUUCUGAAUGCCAACUACAGCCUUGCUCCAUCCACCCCAAUCAACCAGAAUGUCAGCCUGCAUCAGGCGUCACUGGGCAGCUGUACACAAGACUUUGCUUCCUUGUUCAGCUCUGAGAUGGAGAGCCUCUCAGUAGCUGGCAGCUCAGCUUUGUUGCAGCUGGUUCCUGACAACUCCACUGGCUUCAACACCACAUAUGGCUCUACCAACCUGAGUGGGAUCUUCUUCCCUCCCCAGUUAAAUGGCACUGUAAAUGAAACAUCUGGGCCUGAGCUGCCAGAUCCUCUUGGGGGACUCCUUGAUGAAGCCAUGCUAGAUGAGAUUAGCUUGAUGGACUUGGCCACUGAAGAAGGCUUCAACCCAGUGCAGGCCUCCCGCCUGGAGGAAGAAUUUGAUUCAGACUCUGGGCUCUCCUUGGACUCGAGCCACAGCCCUGCUUCUCUCAGCAGCUCAGAAGCAUCGUCGUCAUCAUCUUCAGCUUCCUCCUCCUUUUCUGAGGAAGGUGCUGUGGGCUACAACUCGGACUCUGAAAAUGUGGAUGUUGAAGAUGCAGAAGGGGCAGUUGGGUACCAGCCAGAGUACAGCAAGUUCUGUCGGAUGAGCUACCAGAACCCUUCUCAGCUGCAAUAUCUGCCUUAUCUGGAGCAUGUAGGUCACAAUCACACCUACAACAUGGCCCCCAGGACCUUAGACACUGACGAGCCCCAGCCAGCCGCCAUGGGGAAGAAGAGUGCCAAGGAUAAGCAGGCAGACUUCUUGGAUAAGCAGAUGAGCCGAGACGAGCACCGGGCCCGAGCCAUGAAGAUCCCUUUCCCCAACGAGAAGAUCAUCAACUUGCCUGUAGAGGAAUUCAAUGAACUCCUGUCCAAGUACCAACUGAGUGAGGCCCAGCUGAGCUUAAUCCGGGACAUCCGGAGACGGGGCAAGAACAAGAUGGCUGCCCAAAACUGUCGUAAGAGAAAGCUGGACACUAUCCUCAACUUGGAACGGGAUGUAGAGGAUUUGCAGAGAGACAAGUCAAAGCUGCUCAGGGAGAAGGUGGAAUUUCUCAGGUCCAUUCGCCAGAUGAAGCAAAAGGUGCAGAACCUCUAUCAGGAGGUAUUUGGCCGCCUGCGUGAUGAGAAUGGCCAGCCCUACUCCCCGAAUCAGUAUGCCCUACAGUACGCCAGUAACGGUAGUGUUAUCCUAAUACCACGCUCCUUGGCUGACCAGCAAGGCAGACGUCAAGAGAGGAAACAGAAAGACAGGAGGAAGUGAGAGGUGAUGAAUGUUGGCAGGAGAGUGCAAAACUUGCAGAAACUGCAUCCUGGAGAAAGGGCUGAGCCCCGAAGAAUUUGAAGGAACUUUCACGCCUUCUUAUCCAAUAUAUCUUCUCAAACCAUGAUAGCUGCCAGUCAGUGUAUAGGAACAGACUGCUGGGCGGGGGCCUACAAGUCUUGAGAGGCAGAAUGGCAAAGCAUGUAGGGAAAGACCUGUGCCCCCAGCAGCCUGGAACCCAUUAUUGAACGUUGAGGGAGGGGGGACAAGCUGGCAUAAAUAUGUGUGGGGAGGGGGGUGAGUCUUGGCAGAGGGUAGAAAAUCUGAAUUGUUAAAGCUGGAUUUUUUUUUAAAGGAAAAAAGGUUAAGUGGACAAACUGAGCAGGCUUAAAGUCAUCCCCCCCCCCACCUUCAAACUUCGAUAUUCCAGAUAGCUGGUUUUGUUUUCCCCCCCGAACCAGUUUUGGCAUCAGUUGUAUGGAAUUUGACAACAUGACUGAAUCCCAUGAAAUAGCCGCCAUCCCUUCCUACAUCUGUAUGUAUAUGUAAGUGCAGGUGGAACACAUUAAGUUGUGUUUGUUUAGGGGGGAAGGGUGAUUUUUCUUAACCCCUUUCAGCUCGGGAGAAUGGAGAGAUCUCCAUGCAAGGAGUUACCGAGUACAGCCUUUUGGGUGGACUUUGAGUUAAUCUGCCAUAAAGGUUGGAAUGGUGGGAGUGGAAAGGGUUAAUAGAAUUACUAUGAUUCCACCACCCUUCUCUUCCAUUCAAAACUCACUAAGCAUGUCACUGCCCACAGUGAGGAGCCAGUGUUAUACUGGGCUACCAUCAAGGUACAUUACAAGAUGGCGCAUGGUAACUGCAUGCUACAAUGCUGACAUUUCUCACUGAUUUGGCUUGAAGAGAUUCAUUCUGUGGACAAAAAGGGGUGUGUGAGGGCCAGGUGUGAAGGCUGAACUUUCAUUUAGCGGAGGCUGCAAGGUGGAGGGGGUCUGGUGUGUGAUCACCACUUGGUCUACAGCACAAUGGGUUUUACCCCCAUAAAGUGGGCAUGUUGUGUAGAGCAAAUAGCCAUCUAUGGCAAGCCCCUUUCUUAAUGGGCACUUUGGUUUUAAUUUAUUUCUGUAGGACUUGUGUGCGCCUGUGUUUCCCCAUUCCCAUAGGGCUGUAAAAUGGAUUUGUGGUAUGCAGGAAGGAGAGAAGGGAGAUGCUUUCCGCCAGAUGAUCAAAGCUGCUGAAAGGUAUUUCUGCCAUUAAGACUCGGUGUGUUAAACUGUGAUUCCACAGCUGGUUUCUUUUCUGUCCUUGGGUGGUGUCAUUCCAACUUCCCCCUUUCCUCCUCCUUAUAAAAAAAUAAGGCAAAGGGUGAGGGUAGUGCCUUGAACACAGCUGGCCUCAAGUUUCGAGGCAAUCCUCGAAGCUGUUUAACUUGCAGUAUAGCACAGCUGGGAGUAUUAUUGACUUUACCAGCAUCUGAUGAGCUAAAUGGCUUUGGUUUUCCCCAGUCAGUCCUGUGUAUGUGAUGGCGUGUGAGGACUUGGCACUGAAAUGGGCAUCCUCCAGGAAACUGGGGGUAUGAAGCACUGUAAUAGAGGCAACUUCUGCAGCCAUAUGUUCUAUAUGAUCUUGUUUUUUCUCAAGGCCAUGAUUUCUUACAAGGAAUAUAUAAAAGGUGAGAGGGGAAGUAAACUAUUAGUGAGUCUCUUCCACCUCUCAGGCUUCUGUGAUUUGACAGCAUGAAACUUGAAGCACAAAAUGUGUUGGAACUGUGGCUGGGUUGCUGGAGGAUAGAGCCCUGAUGUGUGCAUGUGUUAAUUUAUUUUUUUCUGUAGAGGUUUUAUUUUGAAUGGUUUCUAUGACCUGUUGGGGAGAGGAGAGAGAGCGUAUGAGCACAGGACAAAAAUAAAAUGGCUUAUUCACUA